AUGCAAGAAGUUGUGCAGCAAUUGCAGCAAGACAAUUCACUGUACGCGUCGUCGCACGAAGAGGGUCUGCAGCGUGUACUAACUUCGAGGUAUGUGCUGAUUGGCAACACGGGAACGGUCCGCAUGGCCAUGGAAACCCUGGACGAGAGGCAACGUUGUAUCAUCACUGAAAAUGAUUUGUACGGCAUGGAGGAGAUGAUCGCGCUUAGGGUACCGUCAACCUACGCAUACCGUAAAAUGAUCAACUACGAAAUCCUGCGAUACUAUUCGAAUGGCAUAAACAACCGCAUGAGGGAAGCAAUGAAGCCUGAUCUAAACUUUUGUUUCAAGAGGAAUCGUUUCUAUCGCAUUUCUGUGAACAGCAUGCUAUUUCAGCAUUACUUAUUCGGAACGGGUUUUAUAUUAGCUAUUGCCUUGCUGGGAAUGGAGGUUUUGUAUUAUCACUUGAAGAAAAGGGUGCGUUAA